AUGAGCAGCUGCUCGCGUGAUCUGGAGUCAAUGAUGGACACUCCAUCUCCUUCUCAGGACGUGCCAGAUGUUGAAGCCCAUCCUCGGUCACCCAAACAACCUGCAUCCCCCAGCAUUUGGGAGUCCAGUUCCCCUGCUGCAUUUACUACCUUGCCUGACAGGGUUAAUUCGCAAGAUACAGUUAAGCAUCGCAUGCGUCGUGCAAAUACAGCUCGUUCGUACCAUCCCGAGACCAUAGCUCGCGAUCCACACUGGCACCCUGGAACAGAACCCGGAAUUGACCCAACCAGGCCGCUCCCAGCUUAUAAAGCUGAAUGGAUGGCUUCUUUGGCCAAACAUCUCCACAAACAAUGCGAGAUAAUAGUUGUUGACUUUUCCCAAAAUGAGAUGCGGCAAUAUGCGCUUGAUAAUGAUACGCUGCAACAGUUUCUAUCAAGGGAACGAGAGCCCUGGGUCCAGUGCAGGUGGAUCAAUGUCAACGGCCUUAGCUGGGAUGUUAUUAGGCUUUUGGGAAAUGAAAAAGGACUGCACAGACUUGCCAUUGAGGACCUUAUGAAUACGACAAAUCGCACCAAGGUGGACUGGUAUUCGGACCACGCCUAUAUUGUUCUUAUGCUGCAGAAAUUGAUCAAUCUCAGACAGGAGUCCAGUGACUCGGAGGAGGAAGACGAUGACUCGGAGGAUGUGUGGAGACCCGAGCGAAGAACCUCGACACUAACCAACAUAACUGCCCCUUUAAAGCGGCCGUCCAAACGGAAUGUCAUCUUGGCCGCCUUGAAGGAUAUCUUUGUCCCGAAAUCAGGGGAAGACAAAACAUCCAAUAUAAACUCUUAUGGCCCUGGAUUCAAUCCAAACCCGAAUGGGUCUUCCUCCAAGGAUAUACCGUGCAUUGGCGAUAUCGCCAAUGCAGGGUGUACUGCACGUAGCAUUCAACGGUAUCGAGGUGGCCCGAAUGAAGACCGGAUUGCCUUCAUGGAGCGCCAUGCUGUUUUAGCGGCCAAGGGCCUGACCGUCGCCCUUGAACAGGUGUCGGUUUUUCUCCACGCGGAUAACACUGUGACUUCAUUUUUUGAAACAAGCGCAGAUGAUAUUGAGGCUCCUAUCGUUAGACGAUUAAGCCAACCAGAGACAAUCUUACGCCAAUCGUGUGACGCGAGUAUGCUUGUCCAAGCUAUCUUGGAUGCCAUUAUUGAUCUUGCGAUUCCGGUUACCAUAGCCUACCAGGAUGCCAUUGGCGAUUUGGAACUUGAAGUCUUGACGGACCCGGAUGUGGAUCAAUCCAAAAGCCUCUAUAUUUUGACCUCUGAGAUUGCAGUCCUUCGCAACUCGAUACAACCAAUUGUGACUGUUAUCAAUGCCCUUCGUGACCAUCGGUCCGAGCGCAUUAGCACUCCUGGGUUGGGCACGUUCAAGGCUCCGGCCCUGGGGCUUUCCACGCCAGGGGUCUCGACACCGCUUCACAUUGGAGUUACCACGCCCAACCUUAUGAGUACUGGCGGCCCUAGUGUCUCAAUCAGUUCUAUGUGUCAUACCUAUUUGGGUGAUGUGCUGGAUCAUUGCAUUACGAUUGUUGAAACAUACGACCAAAUGAGGCGUGCUGCGGACAACAUGAUCGAUCUGAUAUUUAACACAAUUGGGGCCUACCAGAAUGAAAGUAUGAAGCAACUGACACUGGUGACUUGUUUCUAUCUUCCUCUGACGUUCUUGACGGGUUACUUUGGUAUGAACUUUGAGCAUUUCGCUGGUAUUGCGCAUAGCGACACGUAUUUCUGGAUGAUUGCGAUUCCAUUUGUGUUCGCGACCACCAUUUUCCUGAUGCGCGACAAACUGCAACGAUACUUUGUCUUGCUCGCGCAACGACGCCUGAUUACCAGCUCGAGACGCCAGCGAAGCGAGAAGAGGUUCAAACGGGCAUGA